UCAGCUUCGACUCGCCUCUCGGCCACCUGUCAGUCACAGUCCGCGCUGUAACUGCUGCACGUGUCGGAUAGAAACAUCGUAAACAUCGUAAACAUUGCUGCUAGACUCUUUAUUUUACAUCUAAUCAACCACGGGAAACUCAGGACACGGAAUGGACAGGUUUUGUCCGGAUCAAAUGUCUAAAAACAUCACUAGAGCUCGAAGUGUUACCAUUUUCUGGACACUGAUCCUGACCAUGAUGCUGUAUCCAGUCAUGUCGAUGUUGGUUGUUCAGAUGUAUACAGCACUGACCGGCAGGUACCUCGCCGGACAUCAUUCUGUAUUGCUCAUCAACUGUCCUACUGAGCAAAUUGCUAAAGAUAUCGGCAGACACCUCAUGCAGAAAAAGAUGGCAGCGUGUGUGACUAUUCUCCCUCCUACAUUCACCAUGUUCUACUGGAAUGGGGAGAUACAAGAUGCUUCUGAAAUCCUGCUGCUGGUGAGGACCAGAACGUCUAUGAUUCAGCGACUCACUGAGUCAGUAAAAGCCAUACAUCCAUACCAUACUCCAGAAAUCCUUAGUUUUCCCAUUCAAGAUGGAAGUGACUCGUACUUCAGGUGGAUAGAUGAUGAAGUUCCUGAUGUAUAACCCAAUUGUUGUCCAUCGUCAAAUGGUUAGAGAACAUAGUUCUGGUCUUUAAAGGUUGCUAUAUAAUUGAGGAGAGGAAAUGAAAAAAAGACUCUUUUAUCAAACAUAUUACUUAUUUUAAUGACCAAAGAGUGUGUGAAUGAAAUGAAGACCUGCACUUGCUGUACAUCACUCUGUAAACCUUUCUUUAGUGCAGAUCACACGGAAUUAACAAAAGCAUGCACCAAAUGUAACUAGUUAUCCAUUCUAUACAGAGUUCACAUAGAUACAGAGCUACAGGUUAGACUAUGCUCCAAAGUAGGCCAUCUUCACUUUCUUACAAUCAUCAGCCAAUUAUUUGGAACUAACCUCACAAUUAGAGUCUUCAGAGUUAUUUUAUGCUUUAACGCUGUAGUGAUUUGCUCUUACAAGUUCACUCAUAAUGCUAAAGUAAGUACCCUAGCCAUGUCUCAGCAAACUUAGGUUGUCGACUAAGACCUUUUACAUUCAUGGUUUCUUCAGCAACGUUCCAGAGAACCUUUCAGCGUUGCUUCCUGUCUGCUUCAUUCAUGUUUCCACCUGCCCCAUGUUGUUUCCCCAGUAUUGGAUUUGGACUGUUUGUUGACUUGGAUUAUUGCCUGCCCUGUGUUAAGAUUCCCUUUUGGUUUUGGAUUAUUGGACUGUUAUUCUUACUGACGCACACCCCCGGCUAGCUAAAAAGAAAAUACAGACUCUCCCGGUCAUAUUACCAUCAUGCUAAACAUGUAAAUACAGUUUUUCCAACAUGAAUUAUAUGCACCAUGAGUCUUCUCCUAUAAUGCUCAAUGAGAUUCUUUCCAGAUUCUCCAGAGUCCUUGGCCUUCUCUUGUGUACUGGACACUGCUCUUCAACUCAGCGGUUUUAAGUGUUUUUUAAGUCAGGCCUGAUUCUGUAAACUACUGGAUCAUUGACUUUCUAGUAAAUUAAAUCAUAGAUUCUUGGAAGAGGGAGAUUCAGGGAGAGUUUCAUUUCCUCUGAAACCAUGGUGACCAUAACGCAAUUUAUUCUAACAAGGUUUCCAUUGUUAAUGAGUAAACAUACCCAUGCAGAAAAUCCUUAACCAUACUCAGGAAUGGGGACUGUUUUCUGUACAGCCAUCCUUUUCUUUAUUUUUCUUUUUGUUUCAAGCCAACAUUGAGUGUUUGUUUGAUUUGUUUGUUUGACCAAAAAACUCGUUGUCGAAGUUCAGUUGCAAUUGGCAAACAACUGCUGCUUAUGCAUGUGGAUUGAUAAAACAAAGGCAUAAAGAUGGCAUCUGCAUAAAAAUGUAACGGUGAAGGAUCAGAAACAGGAUCCGUGUUUAAGGACUUUAAGUUCCCUGACAGGGAAGUGUUAUCUACUUCUAGAAUUAGUGGCUUACCUUUGGAGAAAGUUUAGCUGCUAACCCCCUCACCAUUAGUGUGUGGGUAAAAUACUUGCAUCCUCUUUCUCAUUAGAGUUCCAGAGGUACGUCCUCAUACUUAUUGAAUUGUACAUUGUGUCUUAAAGGUGUAUUGCUCUUUUCUAUAUUUAUAUCUUUAUAGACUAGUGGUUAAGGUGUUGGACAAGGUUUGCUAGUUCAAAUCCCAGGUCCACCAAGCUGCCACUGCUGGUGUACUUCCGGGGAGCUCUCUGUAGGCUUGCAGUGAUUUACAAUCAGAUGUGUCUACUUGUAUGCAUUUUCCCCCACCAUUAAAUAAACGGCAACAUGCACUUAUACGACAACUGAGCGUUGGAUGAAUUCAGAUGAAAUCUGGUAACACACAACUUUGACCACUUAAAUUUCAUAAAUAUUUAUUUAAUAUUAUUGAACAAUACGAACUACAGCAGUGAUCUACAGCACUUGCUCAAAUAAUAAUCAUAGUAGUAGUAGUAAUAAUAAUAAUAAUAAUAAUAAUAGUUUUGUUUGAGGCCACAUCUGAAACACAACCAUUUACAAGUAGUACUUGGCAUUAAAAACAAUGGCAAUACAAUUUUUAAGACACUUGGUGUUUUUUUUUGUUUUGUUUUUUUUUAACUCUUUUUUUUUUUUCUUUUUUUUGUUUUAAUUU